UCAGCAUCAACCAUCUCUAAAUACUUUGCCCUUUCUGUCAGCUGAGUCCUCCAAAAUGGAAAGGAAAACAUGGAGAAUGCUAGAAAACAACCCCGACGUAAUGAACCAACUAGCAGCAAAGCUAGGCUUAUCGCCGGAGCUACAGUUCUACGACGUAUAUUCCAUAGACGACCCAUCAGAGCUUACACACAUCCCCCGACCUGCUCUAGCUCUGUUGGUGAUCAUCCCACUUACACCAGCUUGGGACCAAAACCGCAAGGCCGAAGAUGCUGACAAAGAAGAACCCUAUCCUGGCUCCGGCCGCCCUGAUGAGCCCGUCAUCUGGUUCAAGCAAACCAUCGGCCACGCCUGUGGUUCGAUCGGUCUGCUCCAUAGCGUGAUCAAUGGUCCGGCUGUUGACUUUAUCAAGCCUGAUUCCGAUCUCGCGGAGAUACGCAAGCAAGCUAUACCGCUGGAUAUGGACAAACGCGCUAAGAUGCUGUACGACAGUGAGGCGUUUGAAGUCGCUCAUAAGUCAGUCGAGCAGGCUGGUGAUACCGAUGCGAAUUUAAUGGAUGAGCGUGAUGGUGGGCAUUUUGUUAGUUUCAUCAAGAGUGGCGGGAAGCUCUGGGAGCUGGAGGGGUCGAGGAAGGGACCUCUGGAGAGGGGGAAUCUUGCUGAGGACGAGGAUGUUCUUAGUCCACGGGCGCUUGAUAUGGGUAUUAAGAGGAUUAUCAAUCUGAAUGCGGGUGAAGGAGGAAGUCUGUGUUUCAGUUGCAUUGCUUUGGCCCAUAGGGCCAAAAGCCAUGCUUAAUGCUCAAUUGAUAUACUGUGUACGGAGUA